AUGAUUAGGAUACAGCAGUAUUUUUCUGAUACGCUUAACUCCUUAGAUGCUGUCAUUAUUGGGGUGACCCUGAUGAUUAAUAUCAUUUAUACUUUUUAUGAUUUUCAGGGACUUAAUAAUAUCCCCAGAUUGGCAGUGUUAUUUCGAUCUCUACGACUAAUCAUUCUGAUGAGAGUUUUUCAUUUGGCUUAUCAAAAAAGGCAUCUUGAAAGCCUGACAAGAAGGAUGGUUUCAGGGAACAAAAGGCGCUACAGGAGGGAUGGAUUUGACCUAGAUCUCACUUAUGUUACUGAUCGCAUUAUUGCAAUGUCAUUUCCAUCUUCUGGAAAACAGUCUUUCUAUAGGAAUCCCAUUAAGGCUAUUCAUCUAGACAUAUUUCCUAUUCAUCUAGACAUAUUUCAAGUUUUUGAAAAAUGGAGAACUGGAACUAUGGUUUGUGCUUACCUUCUUGCUAGUGAAAUAUUUACAACUGCAGAGGAAAGCCUGCAUCAUUUUGGAAAAUGCCGAACAGAUAUAACCACUAGCUCUAAAUUUCAGGGAAUAGAAACACCUUCCCAGAAUAGGUAUGUUGGAUAUUUUGCCAAAGUGAAAAAUGACUACCACUGGGAUCUUCCUCCAAUCAAAUUCCUCUUUUUAAAAAGCAUUGUUAUUUAUUCAAUUCAUGGUAAGGUCUGUGAUCUGAAAUUACAAGUAAUAAUGCACAAAGAGCUUGUGUUUUUCUGCUCUUUUUCUAAAAACUGCAGGAUGUAUUAUGAUGCUGAAACAAACAGAGUAAUAAUUAAUCCAAUCAACUGUCCAUAUCUGUGUGAUGAUGUGAAAAUGAAAUUUUUUUCUUCAGGUCUUCAAAGAUACUAUGACAACUGCUCUUUUUACUUUUGGUUCAAUACAUCUUUUAUACAAAAUCAGAGGCUUUAUCUUCCAAGGAGUGAAUUGGAUAAUCCACACAAGUCAAAAACAUGGCAUAUUUAUCAACGAGAUUUUGCAGUAGAAUUAUAUUUUGAAUGA